CCUCUUCUCUGCAAUCCUUCAGUAUACCAGUUUGGUCCCCACCCAGAAACAUCAAUUAUUGCUAUACUGUUCCUCAGUCACCAUCAAGUUCAAGUGCAACGCCGAUCUAUCGUUCUUAUCCAUUUUUUAUUUUAUUGGAACGACGAAAUACGAGGAAAUAUUUCCUGUCAUUUUUUUCGAAAUGUGGCCUGAGAUCCCCUCUGUUUAGUGAAACUAACUGCGCGAAGUUCCAGUUACUGCAACGAACUUGUUUUAAAAAAAAUCUAGUGACCACCAGAGUUGCAACAACAGGAAAAAAUAAUCAUGAAAAACACACUCCUCAUAACUGCUACGACGAUAUUCUGUUCGCUGGUCAAUUCGGCUAUAGCAAAAAUACCUUCAAAAUGCGAGGGUGGGGGAAAUUUGAAGUACUUAUGGGGAGACGCUCUCUUGGACCAUCCAGAUUGUGUGGGUCCCAACAAUAUGCCAUAUCCAAACGCUGCCAUAGACAGAAGUUUUCGCGGAUCAAAUCCUUGGUCUGGCAGUUUUAGAACCGGAAGGUCUCAGAAGACAAUCGACCCUUUCCUGACGAGGAAGGCCCUUCUAGCUGCUCACGAACAAAAUCUUGGUGAAUCCCCCACGAUAUCCAGGCAAGCUCGUGCUGCCAAUGUAUCUCCAUCGAAUGCAUGCGGGGGAACCCCUGGUAGACUCUGCAAGACCAGGUACAACACGACUGCCCCAAUGUACGGAGUGUCCCUCACUUCCGGUCAGCCGGUGACAAUAGUCCAGAAAUUCCCGGACCUCCUACAACAAGUAGUUUUUGAGGUGUGCGAGAGCACCGAAUGCGACGUGGUGCGGGGCGAGUGUACGCAGACCUACGUGCCCUACCUCUUCCUGGUGAUUCCCCUCGGGCCUGUCACAUUGACAGGCCAGGACUACGUGCUGGUGGAGAGCGGCUGCGUGUGCCGGCCUAAGUACUCGGCGGCGAACAACCAGGAAGCGGCUGCCAUGGCAUCCCUGCCGAGAUUAUGAGGACUCUUUCGUUAAAAUUGGCUCCUCUCAAAACUCCUCUGAAAUAACUCUAGACCUGCAGGGGGAUUUUGUUUCACGAUCGUCGAUUGUCGUACGAUACGAUGAUGACCUCGAAGUCGAAUUCAUUUCCUAUUCUAUUUGUCGAUCAAGUCGCGAUCGAAUUCGACUUCGUAAAUCGUCGGUUUCCUGGCGAAAUGAAAUGAUAUUUUGAUCCAAUUAAGAUGGCUACAAGUGUAGCCAUCUUAGAUCCAAUGAAUCGAGCACCGAGGCCAUAGCCCCAAGGCCAUCACAAAUUUGAGGUUAUCGAAUUUCAAUUUUU